AUGACUGUUACAUACACAGCCCGUGUAGCGAAUGCUCGCUUCUGCACUUUCUCUAAGCUACUGCUGCUGUGGAGGGGAAGCAUCUACAAGUUGGUGUACAAGGAGUUCUUUGUUUUCUUCUUCUCAUACAUGGCUCUCAGCAUCUCAUACAGGCUUUUUAUGAAUGAAAGCCAGAGGCAAUUCUUUGAGCAGUUGUCCAUCUACUGCAAUAAACAUGCAGCAAACAUUCCCGUGGACUUUGUGUUGGGUUUCUACGUCACAUUUGUGGUGACUCGAUGGUGGAAUCAGUAUCGUUGCAUCCCUCUGCCAGAUCGACUUAUGUGUGUGAUCCCCUGUGUAGUCCAUGGUGGGGAUGAUGAGGGACGGAUGUACCGACGAACACUGAUGCGUUACUGCAGCUUGUCAUCACUUCUAAUCCUGCGCUCUGUCAGCACAGCAGUCUUUAAAAGAUUUCCCACUAUCGACCAUGUUGUCAAAGCAGGUUUUAUGACUCAAGAUGAGUGCAAGAAGUUUGACAGUCUGCAGUCAGCUUACAACAAGUACUGGGUACCGUGUGUCUGGUUCUCAAAUCUAGCCGCCCAAGCACGAAAAGAAGGUCGGGUCAAAGAUGAUCACACGCUGAAACUGCUCUUGGAGGAACUGAAUGAAUUCCGCGGAAAGUGUUCACUGCUAUUUCACUACGACUGGAUCAGCAUUCCUCUCGUAUACACACAGGUGGCGACUUUGGCUGUUUACAUUUACCUUCUGGCUUGCUUGAUUGGAAGGCAGUUUCUUGACCCUACUCAACAGCACGAGGGACAUAAUAUUGACAUCUACAUCCCAGUGUUCACGCUACUACAGUUUAUCUUCUAUGGCGGCUGGUUAAAGGUGGCUGCGCAGCUGAUUAAUCCAUUUGGAGAAGACGAUGACGACUUUGAGACCAACACAUUGAUAGACAGGAAUUUCCAGGUUUCAAUGAUGGCCGUAGAUGAUAUGUACAAUGAUCUACCAAUGAUGGAGAAAGAUUGUUACUGGACUGUUUUGAAUUCUAGACCACCAUACACACCUGCAACUGUUUCUCUUCUACACAAGCCAUCAUUCCAGGGCUCAACCUUUGACAUGAAAGCCACUGUGAACGUUAUAAGAGGAAAAGUAAGCCAGCCAUUUCAGUUUUUAAACUUUGAAACGUUUGCUGCUCAAAGCAUGAGUUCUACAAUUAAGAGACUGUUGACAAAAUCAAUUAAUCCUUUAAUGCAACUUACUACUGUGGAACCUAUAACAAGAGAUGCAGAUACAAGUAAAACUAUAAGUGAGUUUAACAAAUUAAUAUUUGAUCUGGAAAAGAAAGUCCAAAACUUUAAGUACUUGCAGUGGCAGAGACUGAGUUUUUUAGCAUACUUGGAACUUGGUAUAGUUCCUAGAGGGCUUCGUAUUUUGAAGAUGCCAUCGUAUGGGAAUACAUAUGAGGAGCUCUUGAGACAAUGGCAGCAACUAAAUUUGGAGCUAAGUAAGAAUUAUAUGAAACUGAUGAAUAAAUAUUUUGAAGAAGUGGAGAGUACACUGUUAGAAGAAAUAGAGAAGCUGGAAAAAGAUAUGGUGAAAUUGUUAACUACAGACUUUUUGAAUGAAUACCAGGCGUUCGUGAGUAGAAUCCAAGUCCUGGAUAGUAAACUGGAGGUUCAGAAGAAACGUAAACUUCAGCGUGACAUAGAAGAUUUUAAAAAUGGCCGUAUCUUCUCUUGGCCAAAAUUUGACUACAAAAAGGCAACAAAUCACCAUAAAAUAAUACGAUGA